AUGAUGCAAAUGUGCGGAUCGCUUGACGCAUUGCCGCCGCGCUCUCCGCCGCGCAGCGAGGAGCCAAACGGGACGGCGUCGCCCAGCCGACGGCACACUACACGCUCCUCGGGUGCGCCCCGCUCUCCCCACCCCCCACCCUCCCCCGCCAAGCGUAACCGCGCGCCGGAGCUUGUAUCGUGUUUGGAUAUCGGGCAGUACAUCGAUGGCGUCGAAGCCCACAUCGCACAGCGCGGCAUGGAUGCGGGUGGCGCCGCGCGCCGCAGCAAGACGCAGCCGCAGGGCCGGACAGACAGCGGGGUGCCCACACCACCCCACGCGCAGCUGCACCCCACGCGAAAAGCGCGGGCCAAAGUGCGCGUGCCGCCGUUGGUGUAUGAUACUGUGGAACCAGCGUGUGUGCGCGACGGCGCGCCAGCGCCCAUUGCGACGGCGGCGACGACGCCCCGCCAUCCUGUGCGUACAACGUCGCGCGUUUUUGCGCUGCCGGAAGCACCGGUCUUUUACCCCACAUGGGACGAGUUCCAAGACCCCCUCCAGUACAUUGAAUGGACGGCCCGUGCGUCUGGAGGAAACGCCGCGGCGUGUGGCCUGGCCAAGAUCGUGCCGCCGGAAGGCUGGUGCAUGGACUUUGUCGUAGACGAGCAGCAGUUCCGCUUUCGCACGCGCGUCCAGCGCCUCAGUGAGCUGAGUGCCGAAGGGCGCGUCGCGCAAAAUUACCGCGAGCAGCUCGAGCAGUUCCACGCGCAGCAAGGCCAAGGCAAGGUUGGUGUUCCCUACAUUGCAGGUGCGCCCAUCGACUUUUAUGCGCUGAAGCUCGCCGCCGCGCGCGCAGCGCCCCACUGGGACCGUAUUGCCACUGCGCUCGGCUGCCCGGCGGAUGCAGCGCCGACGCUCAAGCAAGCGUACGAGUCGCUUGUUGCGCCCUUUGAAUUGUUUUUGCGCGAUACCAAGCACGGCAUGCCGCGGCGCGGCGCCUCGAAGCUGAAUGCGUGCGCUGCAUGUGAUACCCAAGAUGCGCGCGGCACUGUGCAGUGCGCCGAGUGCGAGAAGCGAUUCCACCUCGCGUGCCACACACCGCCGCUUGGAAAAGCGCCGCGCAGGCGUUGGGUGUGCGCUGCGUGUCUCGUAAAUACAGAUUUUGGCUUUGAGGACGGCGAGACGCACAGCCUACACAGUUUCUGGCAGCGCUGUGCGUCGUUCCAACAGCUGUGGGCGCAGCGCGCAGCGCGGCGCGCGCCACAAGACGCCGACGCGUGGCUGCGUCUCUUCACACGGCGCAAUACAGACGCCACUGUGCUGCAAGACGAAGAUCUGGUCGAGGCUGAGUUCUGGCGCCUCGUGCAUACUACGCAGGAACUGGUCGACGUGGAGUACGGCGCAGAUGUGCACUCCACGGUGCACGGCAGUGCGUCGCCGACCAUGGAGCGCCACGCCCUCAAUCCGUACGCACGCUCCGGGUGGAACUUGAACAAUAUGCCUAUCGCGCCCGCCUCCCUGCUGCGCUACAUCAAGUCGGAGAUCAGCGGGAUGACAGCGCCGUGGAUCUAUAUCGGGAUGAUGUUCUCCGCGUUUUGCUGGCACAACGAAGACCACUACACCUACUCGAUCAACUACCAGCACGUCGGCGCGACCAAGACGUGGUACGGCGUCCCGGGCGAGGAUGCAGAAAAAUUUGAGGCCGCGAUGCAGCGGAUCGCGCCCGAGCUGUUCGACUCGAACCCCGACCUCUUGCUCCAGCUGGUCACGAUGAUGAGCCCCGAGCUGGCCGUGGCCGAAGGCGUGCGUGUGUAUGCGGUGAACCAGCGCCCAAACGAGUUCGUAGUGACCUACCCCAAAGGCUACCACGCCGGCUUCAACCACGGAUUCAACGUGAACGAAGCGGUGAACUUUGCCCUUCCCAACUGGGCCAUGGACGGGCUUGCGUGUGCACGUCGGUACCAGCAAUUCGCACGUCAGCCCGUCUUUUCCCAUGACGAGCUGCUCGUCACCGUCGCGCUGCACAGUACAAACUUGCACACCGCCCUCUGGCUCCAUGCGCCGUUCCGCGAAAUGGUCAGCCGCGAACUCGAGGGGCGCGCGACUGUGCGCGCCUUGAUCUGUGCCGCGCGCGACGCGAAAGACGAGCUCGCGCCGCACGAUCGGCUCGAGCACGAGGCGCAAUGUGCGCACUGCAAGGCAUUGUGCUACCUGAGCCAGGUCGUGGGCGACGCGGGCCAAGUCGCAUGUCUGCAGCACGCAGCAGCGGUGCUUGGCGAGGACGCGGCUUGCUGGCACCUGCGUCUCCGCAUUGCGGACGACGCGCUCGAGAGCCAAGCGGCCAAGAUUGCCGAGCGUGCGGCGGUGCCGCGCAGCUGGCAGCAGCGUGUGCGCAAGUUUCUCUGCCAGCACCCGCGACCGCCGCUCCGCACGCUUGUGGCGCUUGUCCAGGAAGGCGACCGGAUCGCCGCACAGGAAGAGAAAACAACGCCGCUUGCUGAGCUUGCUUCCUUGCACGGCUUUCUCCAGCGCGCCAUGCCGAUCGUCGAGCAAGCGCAGCAGUUUCUCUCGCGGCGCCACGGAAAACGCGCCGAGGUGCCGGUGCGCGCGCGGAGAAGCGCGCACAAAAAAGACUCGCCCACACAAGAGGCACCUGUGCUAAACGCCGACCGCUCCAAAGCGGCGCUCUUUGCGCUGUGGGCGCAUGUGCCACAGCUGCCGUUUGAGGCGCCAGAGCUUUUGGCGCUUGAAAGCGUUGUCGAGCAGGUGAGCGCGUUUGAGCGCAGCGCAGCGCGCUUUCUCGACACCGACGCCGAGGCGCGCGACGCACAAAAGCGCGUUGACGAUGCGGAGCGUACGGCGGCGCAGGGCGCUUUGCUCCACGUCCACUUGCCGCAAGUCGAAGCGCUGCGCCGAUGGGUCGCGCAUGUCAAGUGGUUCGUGGAGCUGCGCGGCAUUCAAGGCACCUUUCUCUCGAUGGAGGAUGUGCAGGAGCUGCUGCACGAAGGCGCGUCGUCGGGCAUUCCCACCGACCAUGCCAAGAUGCACGAACUGCGCGCGCGGCUCGAGCGCGGCGAUGCAUGGGCCGCGCGCGCAGCUGCGCUCUUGGACGCGCCCGAGAUUACACGCGCCGCGGUAGACGCACUGCUUGGCGUGGACGUGGACGUGGCCAUGCCCGAGCGCGUGCGUGCGUCAGUCCGGAGUCUGCAGCACAAGGCCGCACAAUGGCACGCGCUCGCCGCCGAUCUGUACAGCGAUACCGCCGUGUCGCGCCUGGACGAAGCGCGGGAGCUCUUGGAGGGCGCACACGCCGCACGCGUCCCCAUUCCCUAUGCCCACGAGCUCGGCCAAGGAAUUGCGCUGCACGACCGGUGGGAAGACGAGGUGGGCGCGAUUUUGCGCAAGUACAUGCGCGCCAAGCCAAAAGACGAGCCCGCGAGCCUGGCGCGUGCAUUCUGCGAGCGCACGAUCCGCACCGCGUCCGCAGCGAAGCUCGCUGUUUUUGAGGCACAGCUCGGCGGAUCGCAGGAAAAGCCGGGCUUGCUCGAGGUGGUUGCGGUGGCGCCGUGUAUCUGCUGCGAAAAGCUGCACCCACGCACCGACACGGUCCAGUGCGACGAAUGCGGCACGCGCUUCCACAACAAAUGCGUCGACGCGCGCUGCAGAAAAGGCGCGUUGUAUGUAUGCCCCCUUUGCGACGCCAAGGCGCUGCAGCCGCUGGCCAAGAAGCGCCACGACGUAUCGCAGCUUCCGCUGGUCGCGCUCCUCCAGAACCCCGUGUUCCAGCGCGACAAGUUCCGCUUCCUUCCCAGCACCUACUCUGCACUCCAGGCUGCCGUGCGUGCUACCGUCGAGUUUGGCGUGGCAGUCACGACGCGCAUUCGCAGCGGCGCUCUCCCGAAAGAGCUUUUGGACAAGGGGGGCGUUGCACAGGUCACGCCGCUUUUGCGCGAAGUGCUGCGCCGCGCGCUUGGGUGCCCUGUGGAUGUGCUGCUCAUCGCCGACGCAACGCCGAAUCCCCACGUGCCUUGUGUUCUCGAGGCACUCCUCCCUGCAUUUGGCGUGCUCGAAGACGGCCCGGGUCCCCUCGCGAAGAGGGCUGCGCCGGGAAAGCGGCUGCGCCGCGCACGCCUUGUCCUGCGCGAAGACCGCGCCCCGGUCUCGGACAGGAUCGCAAACAUACACUGCUUCUGUGGCAUCGCCGAUACCGACCAGAUGACGCAGUGCCACCGAUGCGCGCGUCGAUUUCACAGCGCGUGCAUCUGGAUCGAGGCACCGCUCCCGCCAGGGGAGCGCUUGGUCUGUCCCUUGUGCACGGUGCGUAUGCGCCGAAAAUACCCCUAUGCAGAGGUGCGUGUCUUGGACUUGACCGAGCCGGGUCCGGACGACGCGGCGCAGCACAGGUUCGUCGAUGUGCACGCGAGUUUGCAGUCCCACACGCGGCCUGUGGUGCGCACACAGCCGUGGGCGGGGCCGCGACGCGUGCUCCUGCACCUCGUGCAGUUUGUCCCUGCCGAAAAAGAGGGCGAGCUGGGCGCGGCGCCGAAGCGCGCACGGCUCGAGCCGCCGCCGCCGCCGUCGCCGCCGACGGCGCAGCUGCGGCUUCCCCUCUCGGACCUCAUGUACCGCGGCGUGACGAAAUCCAUGAUGGAGCGCCACUCGAUUGGAUGGAAUGGACGUGCAUUGGUAUACUACUCGCCGCACGGGCCCGUGAUUGAGCUCGGCGCUACCAUCGAGCUCGACGAGGACGACAUGGACGGCACCAAGCUGAUCCACGCAAAGAUCGCGGCGCAGCACCCGGCGUCUGUGCACACGACACAGCGCGAGCCAUGCGCGGCGAGCAUAGCGUCGCCGCCGCAGCCGCUUGGCAUGCCUUUGCACGAGACGCCCAGGCAGCAGGCUGUGCCGCUGCAAACCAUUGCGGCACCGCCCGGUCGGCCGCCAGGCCAGCUGGCAGCGCACGCGCCGCUUUUACAAGAACCGAUGCCGCAGCCGCGCACGUCCACCCUCGAUCCAUACACGGCGCCGCUUGGGGCGCCCAUGCUUCGGCCCCCGCCGUUUGAGAUGCGGCGCAUGCCGCGUCCCGACAUGCCUCCUUCCUAUUGCCCGCCCCUCUGCCAGGAGCUGCCCAUGUUUGCGCGCGAGCCGCAUGGCAUGGCAUUUGCGCCAUUGCGUGCGCCUCCAAGCGAUGCAAGGCCACGCGCUCCGCAUGGCGAUCUUGCGCACGCUUCCUUCUCGACAUGGCACCCGUAG